GGGGCCGGCGGGAUGGCGGGGAAGCGGCGCGGGGCGGCCACGUGAGAGCGGGAGCUUGCGCGGGGCGGGGGGUGCCUGCAAGGUGCUGGAGGCGGAGAGCGGGCAGGGCUCCGGCAUCCCCCCCAGACUCCCACCAAUCAGGUCAUGGGGAGCCCAGCAGCCUCCGACGCCCCCACCCGCCCACUCCCACACGAACGUGUGGGGACAAACAGCGGGCAGACAUGUGACUCGGCCCAUGGGACCGCAAAGCCAGGCCCGUCAGUCUGGGGCAGGACUCGUGUGUCCAGGUCGAGCGGAGGGGACAAGAAGCAGGCUUUGGCCCCAGUGUGUGUCCCCGGUCUCUUGCCGGGGCGCUGUCUGCAGACUCACUGCAGAGCGCAGGCCUUGGGGAGGGAGCGCUCAGGGGGCUGGGCCCUGAUUCUCGGGACAGCCCCCUUCAGUCCCCACCCAGCUAGGGACGGUGGGUUAAUAGGCAGUUAGACCCAGGACCCCUGCCUGAGAAGAGGGAGAGGGCACCGAUCACCCCUGAGUCAGGGACAGGGCCACACUUGGGCCUGCUCUUCUCCAGAAAGGGUUGAUUUCUGCAAAGGGAGUGUGGCGUCCGGGAGAAUCUGCAGGUAGGACACAUCCUAGAUACCUCUAAGUGGCCACAUCCAGAGAGAGGUGGAGGCCGCAGAGGGCCCAGGGCAAGCAGGGGCAGCAAUGGUGGGUCCUGACGGUGGCUGAGCCCCCAGCCCCUGGAAUAUGCAGCCCGGGGGAGCCCCAGGCAGCGGCGAGGACGCGGUGGCGGAGCGGGGCGGGAGGCAUGGUCUCCACCUACCGGGUGGCCGUGCUGGGGGCGCGAGGCGUGGGCAAGAGUGCCAUCGUGCGCCAGUUCCUGUACAACGAGUUCAGCGAGGCCUGCGUGCCCACCACUGCCCGCCGCCUCUACCUGCCUGCCGUCGUCAUGAACGGCCACGUGCACGACCUCCAGAUCCUCGACUUCCCACCCAUCAGCACCUUCCCAGUCAACACGCUGCAGGAGUGGGCAGACGCCUGUUGCAGAGGACUCCGGAGCGUCCACGCCUACAUCCUGGUCUAUGACAUCUGCUGCUUUGACAGCUUUGAGUACGUCAAGACCAUCCGCCAGCAGAUCCUAGAAACGAGGGUCAUCGGCACCUCGGAGACGCCCAUCAUCAUUGUGGGCAACAAGCGGGACCUGCAGCGCGGGCGCGUGAUCCCGCGCUGGAACGUGUCACACCUGGUGCGCAAGACCUGGAAGUGCGGCUACGUGGAGUGCUCGGCCAAGUACAACUGGCACAUCCUGCUGCUCUUCAGCGAGCUGCUCAAGAGCGUCGGCUGCGCCCGCUGCAAGCACGUGCACGCCGCCCUGCGCUUCCAGGGCGCGCUGCGCCGCAACCGCUGCGCCAUCAUGUGAUGCCGUGCCUGCCCCGGCGGGGGCCACCCCGGGGACUGCGGGGCUCGGGCGUUGGGGGGGCGCCGGGGGAAGGACUCUGACGCGCCCGGCCUGGCACAACCGCGCAGCCGCGCGCCUCGCGGGGAGAGGCGGGGGACGAAAGGGAGCCUCCUGCAACGGCCGGGCCCAGCCCCUCUCCGCAUCGGUGUUCCUGGGCCCGCUGCCUUUAGUGCUGUAGCUAGCUCUGUGCCCCGGGCGGGGCCCCAAGGGGCGCCUUGGCCUUUUGGGAUCGCGAGGGUGGAGCGCGGGGCGUGGGGGUGGGGAGGUGCUGCCUUGGCCGGGGCCCCCACCCGUCUACUCCAGAGAGUGUGUCUGU